AUGCUGCAACAGCCAGUGCCAGAACUACGCAGUUUUCAAUCCUUAUCAAAAUAUGCAGGGGGUCCAAGAUCAGUCCUUGGCAGACGCACUUCGAAUAUCACUGUCAAUCGUCGUCAAUCUCAAUGCAAACGAAGGCAUGAUGAUGUCGAGGCAUUGGGUUCCAUUGAAGGAUCAAAAGAAACACUGCAGCUAUCAGAGCACGGAAGAGUGGCCUCCUCAUCGGAGGCCUCGCCAUCCCGUUGGGAAGACCGCGAGGUUGGAUGGGCUGCAGAGGAUGAUGUUGAAGAAGUCAACUCCGAUUUGCCAUAUCCGGGUUUUGCCGAGCCGGCGUUGAAAUGUUUUUAUCAAGCUCGCCCGCCAAGAUCUUGGGCCCUUCGAAUGGUUAUGAGUCCGUGGUUUGACCGGAUAACAAUGGCUGUAAUUCUCAUCAACUGCAUUACUCUAGGAAUGUAUCGGCCUUGCGAGGAUGGUCCUGAUUGUAAAACUUAUCGGUGUCAAAUUCUCGACCUUAUCGAUAAUUGCAUUUUCGUCUACUUCGCACUGGAAAUGGUUAUUAAGAUUCUUGCUCUCGGAUUCUUUGGUCCCGCUGCUUAUAUGUCGGACACAUGGAAUCGAUUGGACUUUUUCAUUGUGAUGGCUGGAAUAGCAGAAUUCAUACUGCACGAAUACCUUGGCGGAAAUAUUAAUUUAACAGCAAUUAGGACAGUUCGCGUUCUAAGACCUUUAAGAGCUGUUAAUCGGAUUCCAUCUAUGCGAAUUUUGGUAAACUUGCUUCUCGACACAUUACCCAUGCUCGGAAAUGUUCUACUUCUCUGUUUCUUUGUAUUUUUUAUAUUCGGCAUCGUCGGUGUUCAAUUAUGGGCGGGUCUGUUACGAAAUCGUUGUGUCAUUAAUUUACCAAAGUUUAUUUCCGAAAACCAGAGUGCUUUAUUCAACAACGUUAUGUUAACCAGAUUCUAUAUUCCGGAAGAUACAUCAUUAGAAUAUAUAUGUAGCCAGCCAGACGCCAACGGGUUGCAUACCUGCUCAAAUUUACCACCAUAUACUGUUAACGGAAUCAAAUGCAACCUCACUAUUGAUGAGUACGACAAAGUUUCAAACGAAUCAUGUAUUAAUUGGAACAUCUACUACAAUGAAUGUCAAGUUAUGCAACGAAAUCCAUUUCAAGGAUCGGUUUCUUUUGACAAUAUUGGAUUUGCAUGGGUAGCAAUAUUUUUGGUCAUAUCACUUGAAGGUUGGACUGAUAUCAUGUAUUAUGUUCAAGACGCACACUCAUUUUGGAAUUGGAUUUAUUUCGUCUUACUGAUUGUUAUUGGCGCAUUUUUCAUGAUUAACCUGUGUCUUGUCGUUAUUGCAACGCAAUUCGCGGAAACGAAACGGCGAGAAACUGAGCGAAUGCUGCAAGAAAGGAAACGGCUUCAAAAUAGAGAUUCUAUUUCUUGCGGUGGUAGUGAAGCGGGAGCAGCAUCAUCCAAUCAAGAUGGUAGUGGUGAUACAGUAUACGCUGCAAUUGUGAGAUUCAUUGGGCAAACAUUCCGAAGAUCGAAACGAAUUGCAAAGAAGAGGUAUAACAGUUAUAUGGAAAAUCGAAAAGAGAGGCGAGAAGUAGAAGCAAAUAGACGUAGAAAAUCGAAAUUAGAAGAUAUUGCAACUUUAUCAAGAAUUGACGAAAAAGCUGAAGAUGAAGAAGUGUCCGACGAUGUCAAUCAAGUAGAAGACCAAAUUGUGGAGCUCAAUGAUACUCCUAAUCACAGCCAACAUGUGAAACGAGUAAAAAUUGAAGGAGAACCUAUUCAUUUAGGAAACGGCGGACCGCGCGACUCGACAUCCAGAAAUCAUUUUAGCGAUGACAAUGAAAGCCAAUCAGAAGAUGAAAAUGAAAGUGACUGGGAGAACGAAGAAGCGACGCAGAAAAAGACAGUUUCGAAAUGGCGAUGGUUUCGAAACAAAAUCCAAAAGUUCGUGGUUUGCGAUCAUUUCACUCGUGGAAUUCUUGUCGCCAUUCUUGUGAACACGCUCAGUAUGGGUGUUGAGUAUCACCAACAGCCGGAAAUGCUUACCGUUAUUUUGGAGUAUUCAAAUUUGUUCUUCACUGCACUAUUCGCGUUUGAAAUGAUAUUGAAAGUGAUUGCUGAUGGUCUAUUUGGAUACCUUGCUGAUGGGUUCAAUCUAUUUGAUGGUGGAAUUGUUGCGUUGAGUGUUCUCGAACUAUUCCAAGAAGGAAAAGGUGGUUUAUCAGUUCUGCGGACAUUUCGCCUUCUCCGUAUUUUGAAAUUAGUUCGUUUUAUGCCGGCUCUUCGCUAUCAGUUGGUUGUAAUGCUUCGUACAAUGGACAAUGUCACCGUUUUCUUCGGUCUUCUGGUUCUUUUCAUUUUCAUUUUCAGUAUCCUUGGCAUGAAUCUUUUCGGUUGUAAAUUCUGCAAAGUCGAAGAAAAACUAAUUGGAGGAUUAUCAAAGAAAUGUGAACGAAAAAACUUUGACACCCUUCUUUGGGCUUUAAUUACCGUAUUUCAUGUAAGAAUUCAAACUACUCUUGGAAUGGUGCUCUUCGGUUGCAAAUUCUGUAAUCAUCCAGAAACAGGACUACAAUGCAAUCGAUUCCAAGUUCUAUCGAAGAAAUGUGAAUGUGAUCGAAUGAAUUUCGAUAAUUUUCUUUUCGCAACAGUCACUGUAUUUCAGAUUCUUACUCAAGAAGAUUGGAACAUGGUUUUAUUCAAUGGAAUGGCUCAAACAAACCCCUGGGCUGCUCUCUACUUUGUAGCUUUGAUGACCUUUGGAAACUAUGUCUUAUUCAAUCUUCUGGUUGCCAUUUUGGUUGAAGGGUUUCAAGAGAGCAAAGAGGAAGAAAAAAGGCAACAGGAAGAAGAUGCCAAACAGCGUGCAAUUGAAGAGGAAGACGAAAGGAAACGAGAAUUGGAAAUGUUGAUUGCUCGAUCGUCAUCGCCAACAUUCAAUAAUGGUGCUGCACCCGUUGAAUGCACUUGUAUAAGGCCAUCAUCACCGGAAGACUCAUCAGAAUCUCCGAAGCUUUUAUCUGUAGAGGAUGCGAUAUCACGACGAGACAGGUCUCCAAUCAGUGAAAGGCGAUGUUUGAUGAGUGAUGAACGAAGCGAAUAUGCCCCAAGUUCACCAGAAGCUUACUCAAGAUUAAACCGACAUGCAUCGCUUGUCAUACCGGUGCAGAACGGAAUUCCUUAUCGUCGCCAACGCAUUCACAGUUGGAGUGGCCUUUGUCAUCAUUUCAAUCCAAACUGCCCAGUUCACGGUCGACGGGCUCUCAUAGAAACCUACGCCAGAGAGAAAUUUUUGGAAGCCAGUCAAGAGCUCAAACAAGCGCUGGCCGAGGAAGAAAAACGAAAUGAAGCUAAACAAAACACUUUGACAAGGAAGAUUCUUAAAAAGACAUGCCUCUACAGUCGUACAGAACACUCUCUAUUCAUUUUAGGGCCUAAAAAUCCGCUACGAAUUCAAUGUCUUCGUACAACUCAGAAGAAAUGGUUCGAUUAUACUGUAUUGUUUUUCAUCGGAAUUAAUUGUAUAACAUUGGCAAUGGAGCGGCCAUCGAUUCCUCCGGACAGUCUUGAGCGAAAAUUCCUAACAAUUUCUGGUUAUGUCUUCACUGUCAUUUUUACUGGUGAAAUGAUGAUGAAGGUGAUUGCCAAUGGCUGCUUUAUCGGACACUCUGCAUACUUCAAAGAUGGUUGGAACGUUCUUGACGGAAUUCUUGUCAUAAUAUCAUUGAUCAACGUAAUUUUCGAAGUUGUGGCGACUGGCGAUUCCCCAAAGAUCUUCGGUGUCAUUCGUGUUCUUCGCCUUCUUCGAGCUCUUCGACCCCUACGCGUUAUUAAUCGAGCGCCGGGAGUGAAGCUUGUGGUUAUGACAUUAAUAUCGAGUCUCAAGCCUAUCGGAAACAUUGUUCUAAUUUGCUGCACGUUCUUCAUUAUUUUCGGAAUUCUCGGGGUUCAGUUAUUCAAGGGAAUGAUGUAUCAUUGCAUUGGACCUGAAAUUGACAACGUGACAACCAAAGCUGAUUGUCUUUUGGAUUCUCGAAACAAAUGGGUGAAUCAUCGUUACAAUUUUGACAAUUUAGGACAGGCAUUGAUGUCAUUGUUCGUUUUAUCUAGUAAAGAUGGUUGGGUUUCAAUAAUGUACCAAGGAAUUGAUGCAGUUGGCGUUGAUAUGCAGCCAAUCGAGAAUUAUAAUGAAUGGAGAAUGAUUUACUUCAUUUCGUUCCUCCUUCUAGUUGGAUUCUUUGUCCUUAAUAUGUUCGUCGGAGUCGUCGUCGAAAAUUUCCACAAGUGCAAAGAAGCGUUGGAAAAAGAGAUGCGUGAAAAAGAGAAGGAGAAGCGUCUAAAACGCCAGCUGAAACGUCAACAGUUCGAAGAAAGCUUAGCCGGAAAACAGAAAAAAUUGGAAAGAAAUCAGCCAUAUUAUCGAGAAUAUGGUCAUACUAGACUUUUCAUUCAUGGAGUUGUAACUUCGAAAUACUUCGAUCUUGCUAUUGCAGCAGUCAUUGGAAUUAAUGUAAUUUCAAUGGCAAUGGAGUUUUAUAUGAUGCCGGUUGGCCUCAAAUAUGUCCUAAAAGCGCUUAAUUAUUUCUUCACUGCUGUAUUCACACUAGAGGCUGGUAUGAAAUUGAUCGCACUUGGAUUCAAGCGAUUCUUCAUGGAAAAAUGGAAUCGUCUCGACAUGUUUAUUGUUGUUCUUUCAAUUGCCGGAAUCAUCUUCGAAGAAUUCGAAGCUCUGGAACUCCCGAUCAAUCCAACUAUUAUUCGUGUGAUGCGAGUUUUAAGAAUUGCAAGAGUUUUGAAAUUGCUGAAAAUGGCAAAAGGAAUCCGAUCGCUUCUCGAUACUGUUGGUGAAGCGCUACCACAAGUCGGAAACUUGGGAUCCCUUUUUUUCUUGCUCUUCUUCAUCUUCGCAGCGCUCGGAGUUGAAUUGUUUGGAAAGUUGGAAUGCUCAGAAGAUCACCCAUGUGACGGCCUUGGAGAGCAUGCUCAUUUUAAAAAUUUUGGAAUGGCAUUUUUGACACUCUUCAGAAUCGCUACGGGUGAUAAUUGGAAUGGAAUUAUGAAGGACGCACUACGGGAUGACUGCGAUUCCUCAGAUCAUUGUGAGACAAACUGUUGUGUUGAUCCAAUUCUAGCUCCUUGUUUCUUCGUGAUUUUCGUCUUAAUUUCUCAAUUUGUAUUGGUUAACGUCGUUGUUGCUGUUUUGAUGAAACAUCUUGAAGAGAGCAACAAACGGGAUGCUGAUCCAAUUGACGCUCAAGGUGAACCAAUCGAUCCUGAAGCAGUCAAGACAAUAGAAGAUGUGCCAGACACUGAAGAAACGAAUGAUAACUCUGAUGACAUUAUCCAAGAGAUUCCCGAUGGUCAUGGACAUGUGAAACGAUUGUCAUUGCAGGUGCUGGAAAAAGAGCUAAUUGAAGUAGAGAAGAAUAUUGAAGAAAGAAUAAGAAGAGCGAGCGAAUGCAAUAGCGAGCUUUCCCCAUUGAAAGCCGUCAACUCGAAUAAGCCAUUAAAAGAAGCGUCACAAAUAUUUUCGGGAUGCCAUCUUAAUCAAAUCAAGUUUACUCCGCCAGAAACUGGUGAACGGAAUGGAAAAACUAUUAUAACUCCAUCUCUAAGAUGUGCAAAAAGAUCAGCUUAUGGGUGUGCAGUGGUUCAUGCCGUGUGUGAAAUUCCAGAAAACUCCAAAUUCCCAUUAGUCUCAGGAUUUGCGAAAAUCAAUAAUGUUGACUGGGCGACAACCGAUUUGAAAGCUGGACGAGCCGAAUUCAACCUCGACUGUGAUGUAUAUAACCGCUGGACCUAUAUUUCCGACAUCCCCGGAAUUGUGGGAGAAGUGUUUCUUGCCAACGAAGUAUUCUGCUUACUAGUACCCAUACUUUCUGAGAAGAACACGAGCGAUUUCGAUGAGUAUUUUAAUCAAUAG